AUGGCUGCGUCUACCAAGCCGGCUAUUACAGAUUCAUAUAGAAAGCAGUGUGUUAUCGAUGAUGAGGUCGCCCUUCUCGAUGUUUUGGAUACCGCAGGCCAGGAGGAAUACAGUGCUAUGCGCGAGCAAUACAUGAGAACCGGAGAGGGCUUUUUGUUGGUCUACUCUAUUACAUCCCGCCAGAGCUUCGAGGAAAUCACCACCUUCCAGCAACAAAUCUUGCGAGUCAAAGACAAGGAUUACUUCCCCAUGGUUGUAGUAGGCAACAAGUGUGAUCUGGAAGGCGAGCGUGAAGUAACCAGGCAAGAGGGAGAGGCUUUGGCACGAUCGUUUAACUGCAAAUUCAUCGAGACUUCAGCAAAGUCGCGAAUCAAUGUUGAUAAAGCGUUCUACGAUAUCGUUAGGGAGAUCCGAAGAUACAACCGCGAAAUGCAAGGUUAUUCGACUGGCAGCGGCGGCGGAUCAGGGGUAAACGGGCCCCCCAAGCCCAUGGACAUUGAGGACGGUGAGAAGGAGGCCGGCUGCUGUGGCAAGUGUGUCAUUAUGUGA